CGCAAUGGAGAUAAUAUAGUCUGCCCGCCGUUCCUCCACUUUCCCCAAACUAAUUGUUGAGGUACCCGCCUUUCGUCCUACCUUCAAAUACUCAACGACGGCUGCACCAGAGCACCGAAUUGCCUCCAACCCCGAGACUAUAUCGCAAACCUCAUAACUGAAUAGCGCGCGAAAUGACCGCUACAAUCCGGCAGCUCAGAAAAGCAGCCCGAAUCAUUCUCGUCGGUGCUCCUGGAGUCGGCAAAGGUACGCAAACCGAGCGGCUCCUCGCCAGAUAUCCAGAGCUCGCCUCUAUUAGCUCCGGCGACCUUCUGCGCGAGAAUGUCCGCAGGAAGACCCCUCUAGGCCUUCAAGCAGAAGCCACAAUGCAGUCCGGCAACCUUGUCCCCGACUCGAUGAUCCUCGACCUCAUAUCCUCUGAAUUCAAAUCACGCGGCUGGCUCUCGUCAGCGCCAAGUUCAUCAAUAAUUCCCUCUGCAUCUUUUAUCCUUGACGGCUUUCCGCGCACUGCGACCCAGGCUUCAAGCCUAGAAACCAUCGUUCCCGUGAACUUCGUCGUCCACCUCGUCACACCUCCUUCCGUCAUUCUCUCUCGGAUCGCGUCGCGCUGGGUACACGAGCCAUCCGGGAGGGUUUACAAUACCGAUUUCAAUGCGCCUAAAGUUCCUGGCAAGGAUGAUGUCACAGGGGAGCCUCUGACUCAAAGAGAAGAUGACUCGAUCGAUACGUGGAAGCAGCGCUUGCACAAGUUUGAAGAAACGAGCAAGGCAUUGUUAGAACACUACCAGCGCAAGGGCUGUCUAUGGCGUGUCGAGGGCGACACAAGCGACGAGAUCAGUCCGAAGCUUUUCGCAGAGAUUGAGCGGCAGUUCUGCUAGAGUUUCUCCACCUGAUGGUUUCCCAACCUCAACCCGGUCCUAUAUACCUUCUUGUACUAUAUAUCGG